UUCAAAAAGUUGCAAUAAAUUGAAUCCCCUACUCUCAUUGCUUCCCACUUUUGAUGGCUUCUUUCUUACCAGACCUCGAACCAGGCCCUGAGAUGUCACCGGAGUUUGAACGGAAGAAACGGAGGAAAACCGAAGGAAACCCAUCUUCUUUUCAUCCUACGCAAGGCAACCGUAGAAUCAAGCAAUGGCGAACGCAACGAGAACAACGGAUCUACUCCUCCAACCUCAUCGAAUCUCUUCGUCGUUCUCCAACGCCUACCGGAAACUAUGCCCGUGACAUGGCGUACAGACUUCUCGCUGUCUCGGCCAAGGGUAGAACGCGGUGGAGCAGAGCCAUUCUCCUGGGCCGAGUCGCUGCUGGUGCCAAGAUGAGGAAACAUAAGAGAGCCAAGGUUGGCGCCAAUAGGAAGUUGAGGAAGCCGGUGAGUAACAGACAGAAGAGAAAAAUGCCGGCCGUUGAGAGGAAGUUGAUGGCUUUGGGACGUCUUGUCCCCGGUUGCCGGAAACUACCGUUGGCGAACCUUCUAGAAGAGACUAGCGAUUACAUAGCAGCUUUGGAGAUGCAAGUUCGAGCCAUGACAGCUAUCAGCGAGUUUCUCGCCAGCGGGGGUGCACAGCCGCCGGCUGGUCGGCUUGUGAACUCGUAAAAAAUGGGGAAAAAGGUGUUCAUUAUUAUAUUAUAUAAUAUUUUUUGGAAACUUUGGUUUUUACAUUUUAGUUAAAUUGGUGUAUUUUAUUGAAUAUUGACUUUUAAUUUCUUUUUUUAAAGCUCCAUUUGCCCUCUC